AUGAGAGCCGAAGAGAAGAAAAAAAGACAAAUAAGACGCAAUGUUCGAAGAUUUUGGGUUAGACCAAUUUUUAAUGCUGAAAGACGAUUCGCACAAGGGGCUAGCAACAAUCUGGUGCAAGAAAUGGUUUUCGAAGACAGAGAAAAAUUUUUCAAUUUUUUUCGACUGACACCAGAAAUGUGCGAAAAAUUGUUGCAGAUUGUUUCACCACAUAUAGAGAAACAAUUUGUUAUUCGGGAGCUUAUUUCUGCUCGCACUCGCCUUCAAAUCUGCUUGCGAUAUUUAACUUCAGGGGAUAGCAUGGUAUCCGUAUCAUACGCAUUUCGUGUAGGACACAAUACAGUGUCAAAAAUAGUGUCAGAGACAUGCGAAGUAAUAUGGGAUACACUAAAAGAUAUGGUAUUUGUAAAACCAACAGAAGACAAAUGGAAUUUUCCCAAUUGCAUUGGCGCAAUUGAUGAAAAACACAUAGUAUUGCAGGCACCUCCGAAUAGUGGUUCGAUGUAUUAUAAUUACAAAGGUACUCACAGUUUGGUGUUAAUGGCUGUUGCUGAUGCUAAUUAUCGGAUCUCAUUACUGGACAUUGGUGCGCCAGGAAGGCGUAAUGACGGUGGAGUAUUUAAUGCUAGCGAGAUCGGCAAGCGAUUACAAAACGGUAUGCUGUCAAUUCCUUCGCCGAGACCUGUGGAACAUGGUGGCCAGGCUUUACCAUUUGUUCUAAUCGGUGAUGAAGCAUUUCCGUUAACGCGAUACAUGCUGAGGCCAUAUCCUAGAAGUGGUAGGCUUAAUAGACGUAAAAACGUAUUCAACUAUCGUUUAAGUCGAGCUCGCAGAAUUGUGGAAAGUGUAUUUGGGAUACUUUCUGCGAGAAUGCGAAUAUUUCGCAAACCGAUCAUUGCCAGCGUACGUACUGCCACUAGAAUAAUCAAAGCAGCUACGUGUCUACAUAAUUUCAUAAUAUCAGAAGAACUUAAGCUACCGCACACACAAAGAAGGUAUGCGACAUUAAAUGUACAUGAACGGGAAUUGCGUGGCACGGGUCUGGAAGAUGCAGGGACGUUCGACAGAAGUAGACCGACGGAGAGUAGUGCUCAAAUAAGAGAUGAUUUUGCAACAUUUUUUGAAACUACUGGUGCGGUUCCAUGGCAAUGGGAGAAGGUUUUGCAGAAUAAUUUUUAAAAAACCAAGAAGUACAAAAUAAAUGUUUUUUUAUUCA